AUGGCGGCUCCUCAUCGACUCACUAAUUUCUUGUUAGUCAACUGCUUACUCACCUUACCAACAAAAUCCCAGGUAUUCUGGUACGGCGAUGAACGAGCUUAUCUGCAACCACCGUCCUCACAAGGAUUCUUUGAUUUGGCGUACAUAGAAGGAUGCUCACAAGGUAUAGAAAGCAAUGCAAUCCCAAAAUACGCCUAUUUUGGGUCAAUGAUCGACUCAUUAUUCCUUAAUACUCAUGCUGAAUGCUUGCUUCAGUGUCUUCAAACUAGAAGAUGCAAGGCUGCCAACUACUUUGUUACACUAUUUUCCAAAUUAAAAGGUUACUGUGAAUUACUGUCUGAGAGUCAGUUGGAUAAUCCAAGAAAAAUGCGACCUUUCACUCAGGCCACUUAUUACGAUAAUAUUAAAUGCCCAGAAAAUAUUGUAGACGAAUUCAACGAAAAUCCUUUGCACAAAUCUCGUCCAUCUCGUAAGUUCUACAAUAUCAAAGCAUUUUUUUUAACUUUUACAGGUUCCUUCAUUGAGAUCCAUUUUAUUGACAACGAGAAACGAUACGGAACAGAAUGA